AUGUACGUCUUGUUGGUGUUUGUCCUUUAUGUCCUAAUCAUUACAGUCAACUUAACUUUGAUCUUAACAGUGAUCAUAGAAAAUAGCCUCCAUGAGCCCAUGUAUAUUUUCCUCUCUAAUCUAUGCUUGAAUAGCCUUUAUGGGACUGUUGGUUUUUACCCUAAAUUUUUGCUGGACUUGCAAUCGGAUACUUAUACAAUAACAUACAGUUGGUGCCUAACACAAGCUUAUGUGAUUUAUUCCUCAGUAAUGUGUGAAAUCACUCUUUUAACAGUGAUGUCUUAUGACCGCUAUGUGGCAAUUUGCAGACCACUGCAAUACCACAGUAUUUUGACUCCACAUGCUGUGCUUAAACUGCUUGUAGUGGCCUGGGCUUAUCCACUUUUGGCAAUCGCAACAGCUCUUGUUCUUACUGUUAGAAUACCCAUUUGUGGAUCUCACAUCCGUAAACUAUUCUGUGAUAAUCCUUCAAUACUAAAGCUGGGUUGUUCUCUAGCCACAGCCAACCAGGUUUGGAGCAUGUUACAUAUUACAGCUUACUGUAUACAGUUUGUGUUAAUUUUAAUUUCAUAUGCUCGUAUUGUACGGGUUUGCAUAUUAUCCAGUGAGGGCAGAACAAAACGAGUUUCGGCCUAA